GCCACGGGGAUGGGCGGAACCACGGGCGCGGGGGGCGGCGCGGAGCGGGUGGAGCAGAUGCGGCCCGUGCGGGAGCGCGUGGUGAAGGUGACGUUCAACGCGGACGUGCACGCCGCGCUGCAGUGGAACUUCAGGCCCCAGCAGAGCGAGAUCUACGUGGUACCGGGAGAGACCGCGCUGGCGUUCUAUAAAGCGAAAAACCCUACGGACAAACCCAUCAUUGGGAUCUCUACCUACAACGUCGUGCCCUUCGAAGCAGGACAGUAUUUCAAUAAAAUACAAUGUUUUUGCUUUGAAGAACAGCUGCUGAAUCCUCAAGAGGAAGUGGACAUGCCUGUCUUCUUCUACAUUGACCCAGAAUUUGCAGAGGACCCCAAAAUGGCUAAAGUUGAUUUGAUCACCCUCUCUUACACCUUUUUUGAAGCAAAGGAGGGACAGCACUUACCGCUCCCCGGGUUUCAGUAACGGGCAGCCUCUACCCAAUUUGACUUCAGCUCCCCGACUACCAGUUAUGAAAUAAUUUUUCUAUGAAAAGAAGAGCUGCAGGAGCACUGUGAGACAUGAUACAAUUAUUAAACUACUGUGGGCACAUGCUGGUGUUAUGGGAGCAUGUGUUUCUUUUUUAAGCUUGUGCAGUUGGAAUGUAACCUCUUAGGAACUGUACUUCAUCAGAAAACAGAAGGGAUCUCUGCGGAGUAGAGGGUUGUCUCAAAGCCAUCCUUGUAUCAGAUGAUACAUGCUCAGUGAAUUCCAUGAGGCAGAUUUUUAAAUCUAAGUGUAAAUUGAGAUAUUUAAAUAUAGAGGAACAAAUCAGUUCAUCAAAUAUCUAACACUGCAUUGCUGGUUCUGAGAAAUAACUGACUUACCUUUAUUCAGUGAAAGGUUUUUACUUCUCAACAGAGCAGCUUACUUAAUCAGUCCAUGGACUCUCAAAACUUGACUGUAUUGCUUCAUAGCCUUCCCACAGCACAAGAAGAGGGGAUGAUUCAGGUGAUGCUCCUUGAAUUAUUACUGAAUCAGUAGUUCAUUUGGUAAGAGCAGACUGCUCUAGAACUCUUGUUUGAGCGGGGAACAAUUAUUUAAGCAUAAGCAUUUCAAAUCUGUGGACUGCUUGUAAAAACAUCUGACUUGAAAGGGAAGUAAUCUGAUCUUUGUGUUUAUAGAUUUCCUGCAUAGUUUCCCUGUAGGAAACUCAUUUAAAAUAUCAGCAUUGUUACAGAUUCCUCUUUCACUCCUUUGAGGGCCGUACACCAGGCACCUGUACAUAGAGAGAAACUAGACUUGGGUUAGAAAAGUUCUGAAGGGAAAGGCAGUACACAGGCAACUGCUCUGAAUCACAGGCUGAAUUACCAGCAGAGGCACCUCCCCAAAAACCAAAAGGCUGUCAGCCAUGUUCAGAGGUCAAAGUCCGACAAAGUCUGCCCAGAAACACACCAGCUGAUCAGAGUACAUCUAAGUACUCACUGUUUACCACCAGAACAUGUAAGCCUGUAUUUAUCUAACCUUUUGUCAUUAUCUGGGGGGGAAGGGAUAAUAAGACUUUAUCAUAACUGUGCAAAUAAGGAGUGAGUUGCAGAGCAAGUUUAAGUGAUGUAGUCAUUUUCAGACAGGAAUUAAUCUCAGUUUAGUAUCACAUCUGCUAGGCCAGUUCUUUCUACCCCUUUCAGUGGAUAAAAUCUAAAAAGGCAAGACUGAUGUUGGUUUGUUAAGACUCUGAAAAGGUACUGAGUAUACUGUAACUUUUACUUGCCUUAGUCUCAAUUAUGUUCACACACAAUAAUGGUAAGAAUGGUGCCCUUUGAAAAUACAUGGGUGCUACCUUUAAAAUGCAUUUUUGUACUGAAUACCUCGUGUGUUUAAAAAGAUUCUGGAUGGCAUUGUGUCUUGCUUUCACUGUGUAUUUAUUAAAGCUUUAAAACUUCCA